CACGCUGGCCGGCCCUCGCCCCCUCCCGCGGCCACUCUGGAGUGCCAAGCUGGGUCACCGUGUCGCGUCUGGUUCGCUGGGGUGGACGCGCCCCCCGCGGUGACCGUCAGGAAGGGGUCCAACGCCAUCUAUGAGGCUACAUCAGGCCCGCCUCCCCCGGCGUCCCGGGUCGAGCGCCUGACCUCGCGCGACGCCGACGCCAGGAUGGACGUCGAGGUGGCGAGCGACAACACCGUGACCCGCGCCGACCUCGUGACCUUCAGUAGCGACGUCGCCACGGACGCCGACUGCGAAAGCCUCGCGGCGACGCCCUCGAAGUCCGGCUACUCCGUGCUGCUUCCUCGCGCGGCGCAGGAGACUGGAACUUCUUGGUCGUGGGAUACGACGACGACGGGGCCCUGCUGGAGGCCGGCCGCGCGCACGUGACCCUCUCAGAUAUAUUGCUCCCUCGGAUGACGAAAGUGGGGACAGAGGCCCUCCAGUCCCUCAAAGUGGAGACGGGAGAAAUGGAUGUCAAAGUGAACGGCUUCCUGUGUUCAGCCAGCACAGUCUGCUACUAUUUGGAGCCAGAAAACAUCCUGGAGCCUCCCGAAGUCUGCAGGAUGGCCGCCCCGAAUAUCGAGCAGUGUGACAUGACGGCAGCAUACAUACAGCCAGAGUCUCUGAUCGAGCGGUCGGUUCAACUCAGUUUCACCGGAGUGCCUGAGGAGGACCUGAUGAUCACCGCUGACUUUUCCGAAACGUCGCUCACAAUGGAAGCGAAACUCUACACAAGCUCGGAGGAUCUGACACCGAAUCCGCUAACCUGUGAGAUCACAGGCCGGUCUCCAAAGACCUGCACAUUUAAGGUUGAGCCAAAAGUGACAGAAUUUAAGAUUUUGCUGAUGGCGUUAGAUUCCGAAUCAACUGUGAAAGACUCGACCGUUGUGGAAUUUGAAGAUUUCCAGACUCGAAUUCAACAGCUGACAUUGGACGCCAUCGAAGUCCGUUGGCGAGCUUCGCAAAAUCAGGAAUACGACGUCGAAAUUGUUUCUGAAACUGAUGGCAAAAUCGACAGCACUUCAGUGAUCUGUGGAGGUGAAAAGCCUGAAGACAGCAAAGUGUGCCUGGCUUACUUUUUCCCGCUGAAUUUGAACAAAGAUUAUACGGCAAGUGUGAGGGUACAAGGUGACAAUAAAUAUGUUUCGGCCUCAGUGAGGAUGCAGCCUGUUCUGGAAACAAUAAACAUAAAAGAACUGACACUGACCACAACUGGAGAAACAAGAGUCUUACCGUGUGUUUUAUGGAAAGUCGUGAAAAGAGAAAACAAAACGAAGGAGAAAAAAUUGUGAACAAGUUCGUGGCGGUGGAUGCCAAUGGUCGGCAAGUACAGAUGGUGUCGAAGUCCUCUCACUCAUCCAUUUCUGAUGUCGAGGAAAAGCUGUGUCUAGGUCCAUUGCCUCUCGACCUUGACUUCAACCUUAGUGACAAGGUCCGGGUUCUUGUGUCACGUGAGAAUCUCGACACCCAGGAAAUUCUGCUGUCUGGAGACGCUGAGCUCUUCGUUUCGGAUCCGCCCCCGAAAGACGACAAGGUUGUCAUCGUCAUCUCUGUCGUCGGCGUGGUCGUGGCGGUCGUUGCCAUCGGCUCCCUUGGGGCAAUUUCUCUAAUGAAGUCAAAGAAUGAGAAAGGAAACUUGCGUCGACAGGAAGAACCACCACUGACA